UCUGGCACUGUAAACAAACGAAUGCUAGCAUUAAGGAAAGAGAGGACGAAUUAUCAGCUUGGGAGGAGACUAGUUAGCUAGCUAAAUUAGCUUGACGGGGUUUCCACUAGCUAGCACAGCCACAAAGUCAAAAUUGGCUAUAUCGUAAAAAAUAUCGAAAACAUAAUUGGUGUUAAUGUAAGGUUAGGCAUAAGGUUAGCACUGUGGUUAAGGUUAGGUUUAACAUCUAAUUUUAAGUAGCCAAAUUGUAGAAAUAGGUGGUGUUUAUGACUUUGUGGCUCUAGUAACGACCGUUUGACGGGGAUUCCAAUCAAAAAUGUAUAACGGGGCUCUGGUCGGGUGUCUGUAUUAUAUCUCUCCCGUCUGACUCAUUGAAGAAGCACUUCGUCCAGUUUGAGUUGAAGGGUUGUGUCAAGGUGCGUCUUGUCGCCAGAUGUCUUGGAGCCAGAUAUUCCACACCAGCUGCCUUGUGCUUCUGGUACAGCUGCUCUGUCUGGAGGCAGUGCCCAUCAGUCUGGACAAGACCAAGGUGAACCAGCCCGAGGACAAAGCCUCAGAGCCACCACCAAGUGUGGACACUGGACUCCACUAUGACCGUUAUCUCAGGGAAGUCAUUGAUUUUCUGGAAAAAGACCAGCAUUUCAGAGAGAAGCUCCAUAACACAGAUAUGGAGGAUAUCAAGAUGGGGAAGCUGGCCAAAGAGCUGGACUUUGUCAGCCACCAUGUAAGGACACAACUGGACGAGCUAAAAAGGCAGGAGGUUAGCCGGCUACGGACACUGAUCAAAGCCAAGCAAGACAUCGAAGGAGGGAACGAUAUGGCAGUAGACCACCAAGCUCUGCUGAAACAGUUUGAGUACCUGAACCACAUGAAUCCUCACACCUUUGAAGUGGAGGAUCUGGACAGACUCAUCAAAUCAGCCACAAACGAUCUGGAGAACUAUGACAAGGAGCGCCAUGAGGAGUUCAAGAAGUACGAGAUGACGAAAGACCAUGAGCGAAGGGAACACCUCAAGACUCUAGACGAUGAAGGGAGGAAGAAGGAGGAAGAACAUUACGAGGAGAUGAAGAAGAAACAUGCAGACCAUCCCAAAGUCAACCAUCCAGGCAGCCAGAAUCAGUUCAAAGAGGUGUGGGAGGAAGCAGAUGGUCUUGACCCUGAAGAUUUUGACCCCAAGACCUUUUUCAAGCUGCAUGAUUCCAAUGGAGAUGGCUUCUUCGAUGAGCAGGAAUUGGAGGCAUUGUUUACGAAGGAGCUGGAGAAGAUCUAUGAUCCUACCAAUGAAGAGGACGAUAUGGUGGAGAUGGAGGAGGAGCGCCUGCGUAUGAGAGAGCACGUCAUGAACGAGGUGGACACCAACAAAGACAGACUGGUCUCCUUAGAAGAGUUCCUGAUUGCCACAAAGAAAAAGGAAUUCCUGGAACCAGAUAGUUGGGAGACCUUAGAGCAGAACCAGGCCUACACGGACGAGGAGAUGAGGGAGUUUGAGGAGCACCUGACCCAGCAGGAAGAGGACCUCAACCAGAAAGCAUCAGACCUCCAGAAACAGAGGGAUGAGUUGGAGAGGCAACAGGAACAGCUCAACUCACAGAAAGUAGAGCUUCAGCAGGCAGUAGAACACAUGGAACGGUUGAAAACCCAGAAAGUUGAGCCCCCUCCAGAGGUUCAUGUAGAAGGGAAUGCUAUCCCAGAGCCACGAGGAGAGUACCAUCCUUUGCCCCCGGGCCAUCAAGAUAUGUCCCAAAACCACCCGGGUAUGAAGCAAGACAACCACCUCCAGAACCAAAUACCUCACAACACCCAGGAUUUGUCCCAACCACGACUCCAAGAUCUGCCCCCAGGCCAUCAGGCAGUGCCAUAGGGUCAACAUGACUUACCAUAAGGCCCCCAUCAGAACCAGCCCACUCAACCCCAGUUGCCAGAUGAAACUCUAUAGACAACACCUCUGGCUCCAUGGCCCCCCACCCACAGACCUUUGCACACUGGACUGGAGGUAUAUAAGUACUGUGGAGGUCCCUCCAUAUGGGCAUGUGUGGCCCGUUAUCCUGAAAGAGUUAACUGAAAACCAGCUGGAGAACACAGGAGGCGUUUACAGUAUCUCUGCCCACUUGUGGAUAUCAAUCUAGCUUCCAAGGCCUAGAAAUGUUUUGUAUGUUUGCAGUCAGGGAAUUUGUGUUAUAGAGUGCAUAUAUGGUAUGUGAUGUAUGGAUUGGUCAUAAUUGAUCAUUACUUAAAAUGCAGAGCUUUGGUGGAAUGGUUUUGGUAGUGUCAAUGUAUUUUGGAACAUUUUUAAUUAGUGCUGUGUGAUGUCAUGACAAUUAGGCCUAAUAAUUGUCAGGUCACUCCAGCUGAAUAAUGAUGUUGUGAAAUGUAUGGAUUCCUGAAAAGGCUCCAUUUCAAAAGGCACUGAAAAUGGCAUUGGGAGCAUUAUGAACAGUAAAGACAACUGUCUCAUGCAACAUAAUAGAAUAUAAAUAUACUUUAUUUUUUGUAUGGGUUCAUUCCUGUGUAUUACAUGGCAUUAGCUUGGCCACCACUUUUUAUUUCAUAUCCUCAAGUCUGAUAACAGCAAUGUAUGCUAAUGUUGGCACUAGUCAUGGGAAACCUGAGUGGAUUGCAGUCUUAUUUUGUGGUACUUAUACUAUAGCCAGCUCUUUUGGAUUAUCUUAAUUGAUGUGCAAAUGCAAGAGUCAGUUGAUGAUCUAGUUAUUUCUGUAGAGAUUAUAGGUAACCACGUCUUGUUUUUUCAAGUUUGUGCUUGAAUGAGGCUACUGUUCCUAAUGACCUGCAUGUGUCUUGGCCAAGGCCAGUACGUAUUGAUACUGAACAGGCCCGUUACCAGGCAAUGAAGUCUACCUUUUGUACUCAGGCAGACUCUGGGGGUGAUGUGCUUUUUGUUUUACUUUUACUAAAUUCUGCUGGCUAGGGCAAAUGCUCUUUUAUCUUGCACCAUACAGAGGUGUGCCUAAUUUUUCUUGGUAUAAAAGAUUUGUUUAAUUUUCAGAUGACCAAUUGCACAGGAAAACAUCUAUUGUUGUAGACUUUUGUUCAGUUGAAGACGAUAUAAAGUGAUUUUCUUUAUAGCUAGCGUUCAAGAGUCAGAGUGAAACUCUUAAACGUAAAGUUGACAGAAUUCUUACAUUCUACAGACCUACAGUUGACAUCAGUUCCAAGGUAUGAUGUUUUUGGACAGAGCAGAUAUGAAGUGACGAAUGCAAAUUUACAGAACAUAACUCUAACAGCUACCAUAUGGCCAGAGCAAAAUCAACGCACAGGAAAUCUUCAUUUUGGGUAAAUCAGUCAGACCUACAACCUGCUUAGACUACACACCAUUUGUACUGACUUUACUCCCAAACAUGCCCUGGCAAUACAAUGUACAGUAUAAACAAUCUUCACAUUGAGACAAAAUGUCCUUGCAUGGUAUGACUGCAGUCAAUAUAUUGUUUGGUCUUUCGUGUCAUGCUUCCAAAGCCUGUCACUAGCCCCAGCCAGUUUUGUAAAUGAUUGCCUAUUAAGCAUAGACCCAAAUAAACAGUCCAACAGCAAAGGCA